CCCAACGGCGUCACGGAAGUUUGUGACCACCCACUUCAGUCUGCGACCUCUCCCGGGUCAGGCUGUCACUUUUACCUUUUUCCUCACUAAUGGCGCUGCUCCGACGGCCGACGGUGUCCAAUAAUUUGGAAAAUGUUGGCAAAGAAAUGAAUUCUAAAACAAAAAGUCAUGUGACUAGGCGGGGAGUCUUAGAAGAAAUUGGAAAUAAAGUUACAACCAGAGCCACACAAGUAGCUAAGAAACCUCAAAAUGACAAAGUACCUGUUCAAGCCAUCAAAGCAACAAAUGCCAAGAAACAGCUAAAACCUACUGCUUCUGUGAAACCAGUACAGAUGGAAAUGUUAGCGUCAAAGGGUCCAUCUUCUCAACCUGAGGAUAUCUCCACAAGAGAAGAGAAUCUAUGCCAAGCUUUCUCUGAUACCUUGCUUUGCAAAAUUGAGGAUAUUGAUAAUGAAGAUGGGGAGAACCCUCAGCUUUGCAGUGACUAUGUCAAGGACAUCUAUCAAUAUCUAAGGCAGCUUGAGGUUCUGCAGUCCAUAAGACCACACUUUUUAGAUGGAAGUGAUAUCAAUGGACGCAUGCGUGCCAUCCUGGUGGACUGGCUGGUUCAAGUCCACUCCAAGUUCAGGCUUCUACAGGAAACAUUGUAUAUGUGUAUCGCCAUUAUGGACCGCUUUUUACAGAUUCAGCCAGUGUCUCGUAAGAAGCUUCAGCUGGUUGGGAUUACAGCUCUGCUGUUGGCUUCCAAGUAUGAGGAAAUGUUUUCUCCAAAUAUUGAAGACUUCGUUUAUAUCACAGACAAUGCUUAUACCAGUUUUCAAAUCCGAGAAAUGGAAACUGUAAUUUUGAAAGAAUUGAAGUUUGAGUUGGGUCGACCCUUGCCCCUACACUUCUUAAGACGAGCAUCGAAAGCUGGGGAGGUUGAUGUUGAACAGCACACUUUGGCCAAAUAUUUGAUGGAGCUGACUCUCAUUGACUACGACAUGGUGCAUUAUCACCCUUCUCAGGUAGCAGCAGCUGCUUCCUGCUUGUCUCAGAAAAUUCUAGACCAAGGAAAAUGGAGUUUAAAGCAGGAAUACUACACUGGAUAUACAGAGAGUGAGCUGUUGGAAGUCAUGCAGCACAUGGCCAAAAAUGUACUCAAAGUAAAUGAAAACUUAACGAAAUUCAUUGCUGUCAAGAAUAAGUACGCGAGCAGCAGACUCCUGAAGAUCAGCACAAUUCCUCAGCUGAACUCCAAAGUCACCAAAGACCUUGCCUCACCUCUGAUGGGAAAGGUCUAGGCUACCAUGUGGCCUUGGG